CCGUCAUUUUGUUUUAUUCAGCCGUCUGUGACAGCCGUUUUUGAGAGAAAAUUUCUUAAAUAAAACAUAUUAAUCCAAAGAAAAUUAAACAUUUCUCUUCAGUAAAAUGGAUGUAGAACCAGAAAGUGAUCGUCCGAACAUCCGGAUUCAAAUCCAGAACAAUAUAUCGAACGAAUCAGUGGAAAAAAUGGACGUAGACGAGGAUUUGGAAGAGAACGAAGAAGGUGAAAUUCUGGACGAUAAUGGACAUGAUAUUUCCGAGAUUCUUCCACCGACUAGCGAAAAUAAGAUAUCUACUGGAAUCUUCACAACUGGCAUAAACGUCUUCGAUAAAAACGAAGAACUGAAGCUACAAGAACGUGCAAAACGUUUUGCAUUAAAACCCGACGAAAUACACAGCUUUACAGAUGAAAAUCUUCAAGAAUUAUACGAUAGUUUAGGCAUAAAACCAAGUAACGAGAAGGAAAUAAAGUUUGAAAAAAUACAUCUCCUUGGCUUGGAUGAUAUGGGUGCUGAAGAUAUACUUGACUAUUUCGCGGGCUACGCUCCAGAUGGUAUCGAGUGGAUUGACGGGAAUUCUUGCAAUCUAGUGUGGCUGGACAGUUUCUCAGCUGCUAGAGCUAUGCAUUUCAAAUCUAAACCUGUUAGAGGCAUGCCAGCGAGACAGGCUAAAGAGGUCUUUCCCAAAGAAUUCCUUGAUGAUACAAUUGAAGAAAGAGAAGAAGAUGAUCAAAGCAUUCUUAUAAAAAACCUAAACAGAGAGAUAGAAUUGCGUAACGAAAUAGGUGAAGUAAUUCUUCCAAAGAAAAAAGUGUUCCCUAAAAAUUCUGUGGAUAUUUCUGAAAUCUCAAUACCAAUUCCCCCAGGUUAUUGGAGAUUAGGCGUACCCCAUCCCAAAACAAAAUGUCUGUUGGUCAGGUUUGGACUCAUAACUGACAAAAUUCCAUUUAAAUCAGAAAAAUGCAGCAAGUAUUACAAGAAAACGGGCAUUUCAGAGAAUAAGAAAAAGGAAUUGAGAAGCAUAUUUGAAAGAAAUAAGGAACUGAAUCAAAGUAAGAAUCCCUGGGGCUCUCUUGCAAAAAAUUGGGAUAAUGAUGCUAAAUUUAGGGAAAGAGAACCAACCAUUUAUAACUUAUCAGAUACAGAAGAGCCACAGAUUGAGGUUAAAAAUCCCAAAUUAUUAGCAAGAUUGGGUACAAAAAGACAAGUUAAUAGUGAAGAAAUAGUUGAAGAACCUCAAAAACCGGAGAAAGAAUUGGAAGUUGUUGAAUCAAAAAAAUGGCCAAAAGAACGAAAAAACAACAAAGUACCAAGAAUGAAAAUGUAUGCAGAUGAAGAAGAAGAAAACAUGAAAAGAAAGAAAAUCUUACAGAGGAUUAAAAAACAAAGUGAAGUUAUUGAAAAGAAAUCUAGUGAUAGAGAUUUAAGGGACAUGCUAGGCCCAACAAAUAGAUUAGUAAUGAAGAAGGACCUUCCGAUUAUCGAUAGAGUCGAGGAUUUAGGCAGCAAACUAAGAAACAGAAACCAGAAGAUGAUUUAUGCCAUAGAACGUGAUUUAUUUGACCGUCCACCACCUCAUAUAGAGUUCUUAACCAGAAACUACUUUCCGGAUGUCCGAGAACAGUUAAAUAGCAGAACAAGGGCUCAGUUGCCUGAAAGGGACCGUUCACCUCUGGUUUCUGCUUCACACAGACUCUACCACGAUACAAGAGACAGACAUGAAGAUAAAAGAAAUCGUGAAAGACCGUCUCACAGGUCUAGCAGAAGACGUACACCGGAAAGGACCUUACAUAGUGACCAAAUUAAGUCAGAAACUUCCAGAAUACGAAGAAGUAGAAGAAGUUAUAGUCGUGAGGACAGAGUGUCACAUAAACCCAAAAGUAAAGUGGCUGUGGUGAUCAAAACUCAGAAGAAACCAACGGUUGCUUCAACAAUAUGGUCGAGAGUCAAACAAUCUAGUGAUAGUAAUGAGAGUUCUUCUGAAUCAGAGUCGGAAGAAGGAUCAGACAAUAGUAGCAGUAGUAGUGAGUCCGAGUCGGAAUCAGAAUCAGGGGAUUCUUCAUCAGAUGCGUCUAGGAAGAGAUCAAGGAACCCUGACCGUCCAGGCUUCGAUAAAAGUAGGCUAAGUCAAAAGCUAGAUCACAAAAGUCCGUUAAAAAUCACCAUGCCCAACGAUCGUUACAGAAACAGAAAGUAAAUUGUAUUUAUAUAGGUUUGAAUGAAACAUUAGUUUAAUUUGUAUAUUUCGAAAUUUAAGUUGAACUAUGUUAAGGACAAAAUAAUAUAGUUUUUAUAA